AUGAACAGCUUAUCAUUUGGUACAAGUGGCACAGAUAGCAGCUGGAGGAUGAACAGCUCAUCAUUUGGUACAAGUGGCACAGAUGGCAGCUGGAGGAUGAACAGCUCAUCAUUUGGUACAAGUGGCACAGAUGGCAGCUGGAGGAUGAACAGCUCAUCAUUUGCUACAAGUGGCACAGAUGGCAGCUGGAGGAUGAACAGCUCAUCAUUUGGUACAAGUGGCACAGAUGGCAGCUGGAGGAUGAACAGCUCAUCAUUUGGUACAAGUGGCACAGAUGGCAGCUGGGGGAUGAACAGCUCAUCAUUUGGUACAAGUGGCACAGAUGGCAGCUGGGGGAUGAACAGCUCAUCAUUUGGUACAAGUGGCACAGAUGGCAGCUGGAGGAUAAACAGCUCAUCAUUUGCUACAAGUGGCACAGAUGGCAGCUGGAGGAUGAACAGCUCAUUUGCUACAAGUGGCACAGAUGGCAGCUGGAGGAUGAACAACUCAUCAUUUGCUACAAGUGGCACAGAUGGCAGCUGGAGGAUGAACAGUUCAUCAUUUGCUGCAAGUGGCACAGAUGGCAGCUGGAGGAUGAACAGUUCAUCAUUUGCUGCAAGUGGCACAGAUGGCAGCUGGAGGAUUCAGUUAGUUUGA